GUGUGCUAUUGCCAUUCAGAUCUCCUACAAAUAAAGUUGUGGUCUACGUCAGACCUCAUUUCUUAGUUUGCAUUUAUGGACCCAAGAUCAUUACAAUAAUGCCUGUUCCUGCAGCCUUCAUGUGGUAGUGGUGAGCAGCUCUCUUGUGGUCCAUCCAGGAAAAAAAAAAUCAAGCUACAUGACUUGCUAAAAGAAGAAAAGAUGUUAUGUUGGGGAUAUUGGUCUUUUGGACAUCCCGGAGCAGUUAGCAGUCUCCAGGCGAUCAUCCCGGAGCCUCGGAUCAGCGGGUUCAUUCACGAGAGAAGCAUCAAGGAAGUGGCUUGUGGAGGAAACCAUUCUAUUUUCCUGCUGGAGGAUGGCGAAGUCUAUACAUGUGGCGUGAACACCAAAGGGCAGCUAGGCCAUGAGAGGGAAGGAAACAGGCCAGAGCAAAUCGGAGCUCUGUCUGAUCAACACAUAGUCCACGUUGCCUGUGGAGAGUCCCACAGUGUGGCCCUCAGUGACCAAGGCCAGCUCUUUUCCUGGGGUGCAGGUAGUGAUGGCCAACUGGGACUCACUACUACAGAAGAAUCGGUGGCGGUACCAAGGUUAAUAAAGAAGCUGAACCAAGAGAUGAUCCUUCAAGUCUCCUGUGGCAACUGGCAUUGCCUAGCUCUUGCAGCUGAUGGUCAGUUCUUCGCCUGGGGACAGAACAACCACGGGCAGCUUGGGCUGGGCAAAGAAUUCCCCUCACAAGCCAGUCCUCAGCGUGUCAAAUCGCUUGACGGGAUCCCUUUGGCUCAGGUCGCUGCAGGAGGAGCACAUAGCUUCGCCUUGUCUCUUUCUGGAGCUGUGUUUGGUUGGGGGAAGAACACCUCAGGACAGCUGGGGCUGAGUGAUGAGCGAGACCGGGAGUCUCCAUGCCAUGUGAAGUUGUUAAGGUCGCAAAAGGUCGUAUAUAUCAGCUGUGGAAAUGAGCACACAGCUGUCCUGACAAAGAGCGGAGGGGUGUUUACCUUUGGUGCAGGUUCCUGUGGGCAACUUGGCCAUGAUUCUUUGAAUGAUGAAGUAAACCCCAGAAGGGUUCUGGAACUGAUGGGCAGUGAAGUGUCCCAGAUCGCUUGUGGUAGGCAACAUACGCUAGCUUUUGUGCCUUCUUCAGGAGUUAUCUAUGCAUUUGGCUGUGGAACCAAAGGCCAGCUGGGAAAUGGGCAGACCUGCAAUCUUAAAUGCCCUUCCCCAGUAAAAGGCCACUGGGCAGCUCACAAUGAGAGGAUUUUUGGUAGAGCAGCAGAUGCCUGUACAUAUUUCAUUGUUAAACAUAUCUUCUCUGGAGGUGACCAGUCGUUUGUACUUUGCUCUGAAACUGAGAAUUCUCUUCCAGCUGAUGAUUUCCGGACCAUACAUAGAAGUGAAUACACUUGUUCAAUUAAUGAUGAUACGAUAGAUGUGUGGAAGCAAAAGCUUUCGGAAAGAAACAACCCUAAUUCAGUGAAUGAGGUUGUGCAGAUUCUGUCCUCAGCUGCCUGCUGGAAUGGGAGCUUUCUGGAAAUGAAAAUAGACGAGCACUUUAAAACGAGCCCCAAAAUUCCGGGGAUCAACUUGAACUCCACCAGAGUGAUGUUUGAUAAACUAAUGACAGCUCAGCAUUCCAUCUUGCUCGAUCAGAUCUUGAAGAGCUUUGAAAGCUUUCUGAUCCCACAGCUGCCCAGCUCCCCGCCAGAUGUUGAAGCCAUGAGAAUCUAUUUGAUUCUCCCAGAAUUUCCACCAUUUCAAGACUCCAAGUACUACGUAACGUUAACCCUUCCCUUGGCAAUGGCCAUCCUGCGCCUGGACAGAAACCCCAGCAAAGUCUUAGAUAACUGGUGGUCUCAGAUGUGCCCAACAUACUUCUUGAGGCUGGUGGAUCUCUAUAAAGGUGCCGUAGUUUACCUUCUGAAUGGAAGAAAAACAUUAUUGAUCCCUGUCUUGUAUAGUAGUUACAUCACAGCUGCACUAAGACUUCUGGAGAAACUUCAUAAAGUAAAUCAGAAAGUUAAACAUGUAGAAUAUGACAAGUUUUAUAUCCCAGAGAUUUCCAGUCUGGUGGAUAUUCAGGAAGACUACCUGAUGUGGUUUUUGCAUGAAGCGGGAAUGAAAGUAAGACCAUCGAUCAUGCAGGAUGCCGUGACCCUGUGUUCGUACCCGUUCAUCUUUGAUGCACAAGCAAAGACCAAGAUGCUGCAGACGGAUGCUGAGCUGCAAAUGCAGGUGGCCAUCAGCGGAGCAAAUUUGCAGAAUGUGUUCAUGCUUCUCACCCUGGAGCCCCUCCUGGCUCGGAGUCCUUUUCUAGUCCUUCACGUCCGUCGGAGCAAUUUGGUUGGUGAUGCCUUGAGAGAGUUAAGCAUCCAUUCGGAUAUUGACUUGAAAAAGCCUCUGAAGGUGAUCUUUGAUGGUGAGGAGGCUGUCGAUGCUGGUGGAGUCACAAAGGAAUUUUUCCUUCUGCUGCUGAAAGAGCUCCUGAAUCCCAUCUAUGGAAUGUUCACCUGCUACUCGGAAUCGAACCUGCUGUGGUUUUCAGAUACCUGUUUUGUAGAGCACAAUUGGUUUCAUCUAAUUGGCAUAAUCUGUGGACUGGCUAUAUACAACUUUACUGUGGUAGAUCUUCACUUCCCGCUGGCUCUAUACAAGAAGCUCCUGAACGUGAAGCCCGGCUUAGAAGACCUGAAGGAGCUGUCUCCCACGGAAGGAAGGAGUCUUCAACAGCUUCUAGAUUACCCUGGGGAGGAUGUUGAAGAAACAUUCUGCCUAUAUUUUACAAUAUGCAGAGAAAGCUACGGCGUGGCAGAGCAGAAGAACCUAGUUCCUGGUGGAGACAAAAUUGCAGUGCAGAAGGACAACAGGGAGGAAUUUGUCGAUGCCUAUGUGAAUUACAUCUUCAACCUUUCAGUAGACGAGUGGUACAAAGCUUUCUCCACAGGCUUCCUGAAGGUGUGUGGGGGAAAGGUCUUGGAACUGUUCCAGCCCACUGAGUUGAGAGCCAUGAUAGUAGGGAACAGCAACUACAACUGGAAGGAGCUGGAGGAGAGUGCCAUUUACAAGGGAGACUACUCAGUGACACACCCGACUGUGAGAAUGUUCUGGGAAGCUUUCCAUGAGUUUCCUCUGGAAAAGAAAAAGAAGUUUCUAUUGUUUCUGACCGGCAGCGACCGCAUCCCCAUCUACGGCAUGUCGAGUUUGCGCAUCGUCAUCCAGUCCACGUCCAGUGGGGAGCAGUACCUGCCCGUGGCCCAUACCUGCUACAACCUUCUCGACCUGCCCAAGUACAGCAGCAAAGACAUCCUGAGCACGCGGCUGACUCAAGCCAUCGACCACUACGAGGGCUUCAGCUUGGCCUGAGGGGAGGCCCACCACCAACAUGGACAAUUCUGUAUAGAAGAAAAUAUUGUCUUGUUUUUAUUUUUGUAAGGCAAUAGGUCACGGAUGCUCAGUGUGGGGGCAGUGGGGUUGAGAAAGAGAGCAUAGGACCGCAGCCCUGUCAGCAUUCCCAGGGGCUUCAGCUGGGAUGGGUUCAAUCUCUCUCAAACAAAAUAGCUUGCAUCUAUUGACUGAAGCUAUUUUUAAAAAGUCUCUUUCUCCCCUCCCUCUCCUCCCAACUCCUGUCAAAACUGUCGUCAGCCUUUUGAGAUAGCUCUGCAUUUCCAAAGAUAGUCUGUGAUAACCAGGGGGAACUGUCCUCCCUACUGCCCUCCCCCAAUUCCCUUUCCAUUCCUCCCCACCCCACGCACCAAAUAUUCACCAAGUUCUUCUCCCGGCUAUCGCUUGGCUCCCACAGCCACAGAUGAGUUCUGUGGUAAAACCAGAAAUUUUUGCCUUGUUUCCUGAAUGGCACCCGAUAACUGUGUUCUAGAUAUAGAUAUGAUCUUAAGACUGUCCUUCCACACAGAGGUUAGCCCUGGACGGGGGCGGCAUGAUGAAGAUUUUACGAAUCGAGAGCUGGAGCGCAAAGAGGUCUCCAUUUUCUGCUUUCUCUCCCGAAGAAUAUAGGGAGACGGAAGGAGGUGGAGGUGAGGGGUGUUACGUGCUUGAAUGCAGUGUACUGUGUUGCCAGCAUCUCUUUCUGUUCGGGGACAGGAUUCUAAAGGCAAUCUUCCGGCACAGUCUCUCAGCACAAUCCGUCUUCCCCUUCCCUGCACUGCACAUGCAGCUGGGAGUCCGUUGCAAGGCCCUGCUCAACCUCCUCUGCUCUCCAGUCACACCCAACUUCACCUCAACAAGGCACACAAGGCACUGGAUGCACUGCCACACUUCUGGAUGAUGUUACUCAGCUCGAGGUCCACCUGUCUUCCCCUGGAAAUAACCAGUGCCCCCACCACCUUCACGCCUCCUUGGGGCCUGCCACACAUUGUUUACCCUAGGGGGUGAGGUCGUAAACUGAUGAAGCAGUUUUCUGGUGUCCCCUCCUCAAGCCAUCCCUCGAAACGACCCCUUCACCCAAAUGUCAUGAUGAACCCCGCUUUGUUUCCCAUGAUCCAGGGUAAACCUUGGCUCAAAUCCCCACUAUGGGAACAUGGAUUUAUUUAUGUAACAUGGUGGCCCCACUCUGGCUAAGGUUUAGUCAUGCCAGAGACCCAUAGAAAGCCAAUGGCACGUGAGCAGGCCCCAGUGGAAUUGUUCUUUUGGUUUCAAUGGGACUUGCUCACAAUUUUAACUUUCUUUGGGUUGGGGCUGCACUGUUUAGGUACCUUGUUUCAUCAUAGCAUUAAACCAUAUUUUGCACCUACUGAUGAAAGGCUGUGAAGGCCCUGGGGGCUUUUAAAAAAUAAACAGACUGGUUUUGCUACUUUGGUAGCUGAUCAGCCUCUUUGUAAUACAGCAUUAAAUACAGCUCUAUCAAAUGUUUAUUUUCUAUGUGUGUGUGUACAUAGCCCGGUAUUAUGCAAUAAAUUUAAUGUUUCCUUCA